GGGAUCCAUACGCUGGAACCGCCCGUCGGCAUUAGGGAGGGGGGCGAGUGAUGCGGCGCGGCCGGGCCGGCUGAGGCGAGAAUCCCAGUAGCUAGGCAGCCUCCCUCUUUUCUUUCCUUCCUGCCUUCUGCCCCUUCGGUAUGUAGGAAGGGAGAGACAUCAAUGGAAAGGCUGAAAUACUCGUAGAUGGACUUUCAAAUGUGUUUUUUCUUAAAAGAGGAAGAUAAAUCCCAGUUGCCAGUGUACUGACUUUUUUGUUGCUGUUGCAUUGCAUGGUAAAAAUGGGGUUCACUUACUCCAGCUAAAUCCUUGGAGAUUUCAGAGAGUUGCUACAGUGAAGGACUUCUCAUAUUUUUUUGCAUCAGAGGAGCUACAUUGAUGUUAACCAUUUUUUUGUAAAAUGGAGAACGAAAUAUUCACACCCCUUUUGGAGCAAUUCAUGUCUAGCCCUCUUGUCACCUGGGUUAAGACAUUUGGACCGUUAGCUGGAGGAAAUGGGACCAACCUGGAAGAAUAUGUGGCGCUAGUGGAUGGUGUGUUUCUGAACGAAGUCAUGCUUCAAAUUAAUCCAAAGUCUGCUAAUCAGAGGAUAAACAAAAAAGUAAACAAUGAUGCAUCAUUAAGGAUUCAAAAUCUGUCCACUUUGGUGAAACAAAUAAAAACUUACUAUCAGGAGAGUUUGCAGCAGUUGAUCAUGAUGUCUUUGCCAAAUGUAUUAAUAAUUGGCAAAAAUCCUUUUUCUGAGCCAGGUACAGAAGAAGUAAAAAAACUCCUCCUGCUUUUACUUGGUUGUGCGGUUCAGUGUCAGAAAAAAGAAGAAUUUAUUGAAAGAAUCCAAGGUCUGGAUUUUGACACUAGAGCAGCUGUCGCAGCCCAUAUUCAAGAGGUAACUCAUAAUCAGGAAAAUGUGUUUGAUCUGCAGUGGAUGGAUGUUAUUGUACUGACACAAGAAUAUGUUGAGCCUCUCUUGAAAAAUAUGGCGUUACAUUUAAAAAGACUUAUAGAUGAAAGAGAUGAGCACUCAGAGACUAUCAUAGAACUCUCAGAAGAACGGGACUGUCUUCGUUUUCUACCUCACGCAUCAGCAGCACAAUCACCUUGUGGAUCUCCUGGCAUGAAGCGCACUGAGAGCAGACAGCACCUGUCAGUAGAGCUGGCGGAUGCCAAAGCCAAGAUAAGAAGACUUCGGCAAGAGCUCGAGGAAAAGACUGAGCAGUUACUUGACUGUAAACAAGAACUUGAACAGAUGGAAGCUGAACUAAAGAGACUUCAGCAAGAGAAUAUGAAUUUACUUUCAGAUGCCCGUUCUGCCAGGGUGUAUAGAGAUGAAUUAGAUGCUCUUCGUGAGAAGGCAAUUCGAGUCGACAAGCUUGAAAGUGAAGUCAGCCGGUAUAAAGAAAGGCUGCAUGAUAUUGAAUUCUACAAAGCUAGAGUGGAGGAGUUAAAGGAAGACAAUCAAGUGUUACUAGAAACAAAGACAAUGUUGGAAGAUCAAUUAGAGGGGACCCGAGCCCGUUCUGAUAAAUUACAUGAGUUAGAAAAAGAGAAUCUACAAUUAAAAGCUAAAUUACAUGAUAUGGAGAUGGAGCGUGAUAUGGACAGAAAGAAGAUUGAAGAACUCAUGGAGGAAAAUAUGACUCUAGAAAUGGCUCAGAAACAAAGUAUGGAUGAAUCAUUGCAUCUUGGCUGGGAACUUGAACAGAUUAAUAGGACUACUGAACUUUCUGAAGUGCCACAGAAAUCACUUGGUCAUGAGGUAAAUGAACUGACAUCAAGCAGGUUACUGAAGUUGGAAAUGGAAAACCAAAGUUUGCUGAAGACAGUGGAAGAACUACAAAGUGCAGUGGGUUCUGUAGAAGGCAGUACUUCAAGGAUUCUGAAAAUGGAAAAAGAAAACCAAAGACUUAACAAGAAGCUUGAAGAGCUAGAGAAUGAAAUCAGCCAAGAAAAACAAAGUCUUCAGAACAGUCAAAAUUUGAGUAAAGAUUUGAUGAAAGAAAAAGCACAGCUUGAAAAGACACUUGAAGCACUUCGAGAAAACUCAGAACGACAAAUUAAGCUAUUAGAACAAGAAAAUGAACAUUUGAAUCAAACUGUAGCUUCUCUAAGACAACGCUCACAAAUCAGUGCUGAAGCGAGAAUGAAAGAAAUUGAAAAAGAAAAUAAAAUCCUCCAUGAGUCCAUUAAAGAGACCAGCAGUAAGUUAAACAAGAUUGAAUUUGAAAAAAAGCAAGUCAGGAAGGAACUGGAACACUAUAAAGAGAAAGGGGAGAGAGCAGAAGAACUUGAGAAUGAGCUACAUCAUCUGGAGAAGGAAAAUGAAUUAUUACAGAAAAAGAUUACUAACUUAAAAAUUACUUGUGAGAAGAUCGAGGCCUUAGAACAAGAAAACUCAGACCUAGAAAUGGAAAACAGAAAACUGAAAAAAACUUUAGAUAGCCUAAAAAAUCUCACUUUUCAGUUAGAAUCCUUAGAAAAGGAGAAUUCACAGCUUGAUGAAGAAAAUUUAGAAUUAAGAAGAACAAUUGAAUCCUUGAAGUGUACAAGUAUUAAAGUGGCACAGUUGCAAUUAGAAAAUAAGGAACUGGAGAGUGAAAAGGAGCAACUUAAAAAAAGCCUUGAACUCAUGAAAGCCUCGUUUAAAAAAACAGAACGCUUGGAAGUCAGCUACCAAGGCCUAGACACAGAAAACCAAAGGCUACAGAAAGCCCUUGAAAACAGCAACAAGAAGAUUCAGCAAUUAGAAAGUGAAUUACAGGAUUUAGAGUCUGAAAAUCAGACUCUGCAAAAGAACUUAGAAGAGUUAAAAAUCUCUAGUAAGCGCCUAGAGCAAUUGGAAAAGGAGAAUAAGUUGUUAGAACAAGAGACUUCUCAACUGGAAAAAGAUAAGAAACAGCUAGAAAAAGAAAAUAAAAGACUUCGACAACAAGCAGAAAUUAAAGAUAGUACUUUAGAAGAAAACAAUGUAAAAAUUAGUAAUCUGGAAAAGGAAAAUAAAUCUCUGUUUAAAGAAAUAGUUGUAUAUAAAGAGUCAUGUGUACGCCUGAAAGAACUAGAAAAAGAAAAUAAAGAACUCGUGAAAAGAGCUACCAUUGAUAAGAAAACUCUUGUCACUUUACGAGAGGACUUGGUGAAUGAAAAAUUGAAGGCUCAACAAAUGAACAAUGAUCUAGAAAAACUUGCCCAUGAACUUGAAAAAAUAGGCCUAAACAAGGAGCGUCUCUUGCAUGAUGAACAGAGCAGCGAUGACAGUAGGUACAAGCUUUUGGAGUCAAAAUUAGAAUCCACACUUAAGAAGUCUCUCGAAAUAAAAGAAGAAAAAAUUGCUGCUUUGGAGGCUCGUUUAGAAGAAUCAACAAAUCUAAACCAGCAACUCCGUCAAGAGCUUAAAACAGUGAAAAAGAACUAUGAAGCUCUCAAGCAAAGACAAGAAGAGGAAAGGAUGGUUCAGAAUUCUCCUCCAAGAAGUGGAGAAGACAACCAAUCUGUCAAUAAGUGGGAGAAAGAAAAUCAGGAAACUACAAGAGAAUUAUUGAAAGUUAAAGAUAGACUAAUAGAAGUGGAAAGGAAUAAUGCUACACUGCAGGCGGAGAAGCAAGCACUGAAGACACAAUUAAAGCAGCUUGAGACACAGAAUAGCAAUCUGCAGGCUCAGAUUCUUGCACUUCAGAGACAGACUGUUUCGCUACAGGAACAAAAUACAACUCUACAAACUCAAAAUGCCAAGCUGCAGGUUGAAAAUUCCACCCUUAAUUCUCAAAGCACAUCUCUUAUGAAUCAGAAUGCACAACUGUUGAUCCAGCAGUCUGCUUUAGAAAAUGAAAAUGAAUGUGUGCUCAAGGAACGUGAGGAUCUGAAAUCAUUGUAUGAUUCACUUCUCAAAGACCAUGAAAAAUUGGAACAUCUGCAUGAACGCCAAGCUUCCGAGUAUGAAUCUCUGAUUGCUAAACAUGGAAGUCUUAAAUCUGCACACAAAAAUCUGGAGGUGGAGCAUAAGGACUUAGAAGAUAGGUACAAUCAGUUGUUGAAACAGAAAGUGCAGCUGGAAGAAUUGGAGAAAGUACUCAAGGUAGAACAGCAGAAAAUGCUACAGCAAAAUGAAAAACAUGAAACUGUAGCAGCAGAGUAUAAAAAACUUCGUGAUGAAAAUGAAAGGCUUACUCAUACUUACAGUCAACUCUUGAGAGAGAAUGAAGUUCUCCAAACUGAUCAUAAGAAUUUGAAAACAUUAUUGAACAAUUCCAAACUAGAACAAACACGAUUAGAAGCUGAAUUUUCUAAACUAAAAGAACAGUACCAACAGCUGGAUAUUACCUCAACAAAACUAAAUAAUCAAUGUGAGCUGCUUAGCCAGCUUAAAGGAAAUCUGGAGGAGGAAAACAGACAUCUACUAGACCAAAUUCAGACAUUAAUGCUACAGAAUAGAACAUUACUUGAGCAGAAUAUGGAAAGCAAAGAUCUCUUCCACGUGGAGCAAAGGCAGUACAUUGACAAGCUAAAUGAAUUAAGGCGACAGAAGGAGAAAUUGGAGGAGAAGAUAAUGGAUCAGUAUAAAUUUUAUGAACCAUCUCCACCAAGAAGAAGGGGUAACUGGAUUACUCUGAAAAUGAGGAAGCUGAUAAAAUCUAAGAAGGAUGUUAAUCGAGAACGUUUGAAGUCCGUGACCCUUACGCCUACCCGUUCAGAAUCCAGUGAAGGAUUUCUUCAGCUGCCCCACCAGGACAGUCAGGAUAGUUCCUCUGUGGGCUCAAACUCUCUUGAAGAUGGCCAGACCUUGGGGACCAAAAAGAGUAGUAUGGUUGCACUGAAAAGACUGCCCUUUUUGAGGAACAGACCGAAGGAAAAAGACAAAAUGAAGGCCUUCUACCGUCGCUCCAUGUCCAUGAAUGACCUGGUGCAGUCCAUGGUCCUAGCAGGAGGACAAUGGACAGGUAGUUCUGAGCAUCUGGAGGGUCCUGAUGAUAUAUCUACGGGUAAAAGGAGGAAAGAAUUGGGAGCUAUGGCCUUCUCUACUACAGCUAUCAACUUUGCAACUGUCAACUCUUCUACAGGCUUCAGAUCCAAGCAGUUGCUAAAUAAUAAAGAUACUACAUCCUUUGAAGAUGUAAGUCCACAAGGUAUUAGUGAUGAUUCUAGUACAGGAUCAAGAGUUCAUGGAGUACAGGACAUAAUCUGUGCAGAUGCUCUUGCUCCUCCUGUUCGUGGCAUUUCAACAAUGUGCAAGGUUCCUUGUCAAAUCUGUUCUUCCAGACCAGCCAGCCUUGAUAGUGGCAGAACAUCCACUAGCAAUAGCAAUAACAAUGCUUCACUCCAUGAAGUCAAAGCAGGUGCAGUUAACAAUCAAAGCAGGCCGCAGAGUCACAGCAGCGGAGAAUUUAGUCUGCUGCACGAACAUGAGGCUUGGUCUAGCAGCAGCAGCAGUCCUAUUCAGUAUUUGAAAGGUCAUACAAGGUCUAGUCCUGUGCUCCAGCAAAGAACGCCUGAAACACUGGAUAGUCGUGGAAAACAGAUCAAAACCAGUUCUCCUGGAAGUGAAGUUGUUACUCUGCAGCAGUUUUUAGAAGAAAGCAACAAGAGUACCUCAGGCGAGAUGAAAUCUGCAAGUGAAGAGAAUCUUUUAGAUGAAGUCAUGAAAAGCUUAUCCGAGUCUGUGGAGCUGACAGGAAAAGAAAAGUUAAGAAAACAGCCAUCUGCCGGUUGUGGUAUUGUGAGAUCGUUAAGUGUGAAAAAUACAAUUGAUUUCUCAGAUGGACGAUCCAUUAGACCAGAACAGCUUGUAAGGCCCAGCCUUCGUAAAACUGAAGACACCUACUUUACUAGCUCUCCAAUAAAAUUUACAUCAGGCACUCCAGGGAAGGCCAAAUCAGUUAAAGAAAAGAUACAGGCAACUGUAUCACAGCGACAAUCAAGAGAUUGCAAUCCUUAUGCUACUUUACCUCGUGCAAGCAGCGUGAUUUCUACAGCAGAAGGAACUACUCGAAGGACAAGCAUUCAUGAUUUUUUGUCUAAGGACAGUAGGCAACCUGUAUCAGUUGAUCCAGCACCACCCACCGCUGACAGAAGUGUUCCAUCAACCUCUAAUGUGGAAGCUAUCCCAGAAAGCAGAAAUUCAAAAAGCAGGUCUAGGGAGCAACAAAGCUCCUAAUUCUAUUACCCACUACAUGAGAUGUGGGCCAAGUGAGAGAAAAGUGUCCUUCAGUAUCUCAGUAUGAAGCCUUUAUAUCUGAAGUAACAAGACAGCGACUGUAGGAAUCUAAUAAAAAUUAAGGGAAUUUUUUACAUUCUUCGUGACUAGAGCAGGCAAGAAAUAAAAACCUACCUACCUUUCUUCCUUCCUUGAAUCAAGGAGCUCUACUGGAGUCUACUGCCGAAAAUUUGUAGAUGGUCUUAGGAAUUAUUGCACAUUGCACUGUUAAGAUCUACUGAAUAAAGGACAGUUCUCAUCUCCCUAAGGACCAAGAAUUUUAAGGUCUCAAGAAUUACUCCAGGGAAAACAAAAUACUUCUUUCAUCUUCUGUUUAUGAAAUUAGCCACUGAUUUGCUUAAGCUUCUGCUAAUAGUUAGCCAAAAACCCCCAUAACUAGCAGUUUGUAUUUACUUCUGUAAAUCUAAAAUAAAUGCUGUAGUAUUUUGUUGAAAUUGACUGUAUAUACAGAUACAAAAACCUCACAGCUUACUGGCACUUCACUGCCUUAUUUGAUUAGAAUAAUCUGCAUGAAAUUGCUCUUAAAAAGGUUUAUGCUGAUUUUUGUUGCAUACUGCAAGAGAAAAAUUUGUUUACAUACAUGAAAAAGUUCGAUAACUAACAAAAGUGGGAGUCAUGGGAUAAUCGUAUUAUAUAGAAAUUGUUUGUCAUUUGUGUUUUUCACAUUCCCAAGUUAUUCUGCAUAUAUAUGUUCAUAUGUUUCUGACAGGAAAUUGUCAGGUAUGAUUUUUCUAUAACUUUUAUUUUAAUGUAAGGCUGUUUUCAACAAAUGGCAUUUCCAGGAUAAGACUGUCUUACAGUGUUUGUGUAUUGACUAAUUUUUUUUUGUUUGUCUUUUGACAUGAGUUGGUCGUGGCUUAGGAGGUUUCUUGAUGGCAAAAAGAAAUGUAAAUAAUAUCAUAUGCAUUUUACAAUCAGUUCCCCUUAAGGUUAUCUUUUACUAGUAAGAUACAUUUUGUUCAUUAUUGGUUUAUAUUAAAGUCAACAAAUGUUACUGGUACGUUCAGUAGUUGCAUACAUUUGUUGUUGUGAAAGCAUUUGCAGAGAGCUCAUAGGAAGUGUACAUGAACUUACAAGCAGAUCCAAAAUGAAUUAUCAUAAUUGUAUUUUAUUACAAACCAGUAAGGACAUUCAUAUCCCUGUUCUAAAGGGCUAACCGUGUAACCUCCUGGUGUCCCCCAGGUAACUUUCACUCCCAGCCAUCUCCAUUUGGGUACCUGUGAGGAGUCAUGCUGCUGCUCAGACCGUGUGGGAGAGCCACUACAGCUUCCUCACCUUCAGAACAGCUCGUUUUCUGAGGCUUUUACAGGUUUUAUCAUUUCCAAAGUCUGCAGUUGUCAGGGACAGUUGGAACAAACAGAAUCACUUUUCACUGGAGAGAUACUGCAGUUCAACAGAUUCAAAAGCAUGCUGACAAGUCAUUUUUUUAUUUUACUGAAAUUUUGUCAAAAAGGGGGGGAAAAAAAAGGAGGAAAAUUCAAUAAGCUUUAGAAGGGCAAAUUUUCUUGGUGUGGUUUUUUUUUUGUUUGUUUUUUUUUCUUUUUCCCGAAAGUGACUUCCUUCUGCAAUACUUUUUAGGAUAAAAUGUGCUAAAAGAUCUAGAUCUAAAUAGAAUAUUUUGUUUUUACAAUAUAAAUACUUGGUUCAGCCUGGGAUUGUUUUCACAGAGUUUAAACAUUUUUGGUUGUGUUUCUUAAGAGAAAAUAUGACCUAUUUUGCAGCUUGCCACCGUAUAGAAUUUCCAGUCUUCCCCUGAAGACGUUUCUGGUAUUUCAUUAAAAUCUGGUAUUUUCAUAAAAUUUAAAAUUAAUUAAAAUUGAUUACCAACUCACACUAGCAUCCAUUUCUGGUCCCUUAUUCUCAGUGUCAAGAUUUGCACAGAUUUCAGUGGCAGCAUGGUGAGUUUUGCAGAAUAUCAACAUAAACUAGCCAUCUCAGGAGUGAUCUGAAGCCCAGAGCACUCCUGAAAUCCAGCUCCACCGUGGUUUUGUAGGCAGCCUGAGCUCAGUUGCAUUUGGAAUAAUUUCCUGCGCUGUAACUGAUACCGUGUUGGUUUUGAGAAGGAAUCGGGGCAUUCCGGGCCGCGCAGUGACAGCUACGAGAUGUCACCAGAGGGGCGGGUGGGAUGGAUGGCAGCGGCCAGAAGAGGAGCCGUGUGCCAGAGCCUGUGUACAGGUAAUUUGUGUGUUCUGCGGAGCACUCAGAGCUCGGGGCACGGCCAAGUUUCUCCCCCAGGACCGGGUGAGACAGCCGCAGCCCUGGCGUGCUCUAAGCAGUAAGAAUCUGGUGCCACUCCUGUGCUGCAAUAUCGGCAGAGCUGUAGAGAUUGAGGGAAGAGUUCCAUUUACAGAAUUCCAAGGCAGAGGCACAAAAUCUGGAAUGCUGGCAGCUCUUACUAAAGGCACAGCUGUUAUGAAAGAGGAUAUGAAAUACCAUAACAUUAGGAAAAUAUCUCCUGAUUCUAAAUUGCAAUAUUUUCAAGCUCAUUUCAGGAUCUGAUUGUGACUGGACUCUAUCUGACAACAGAGGAUUUUUGGUGCAUUUCAAGCUAUUGAACCCAAGCCAUUUAUUUAGUAGCGUUACUAUUUUUAGAAGAACAUACGUGUCUUGAAUUAACAGAUUUAAAUUGUAGUGCCAAAUGCUGUUUGUAUUCACAGAAUCCGAGCAGUUGUGUGUGUGUCUUCAGGUAGAUCCUCCGAGACCCUGGGCCUUAGGCAAGAGUGGCGUAUUGCCGUGGCUGCGUGGCGAGGAGCGCUGCUGGGCACGUGUAACCUGCCCUCGCCGCACAUGGCCGUGUCGCCUCUGUCACGGGGGCGUCCCCUGGCGAUUCAUUUCUUAGCUCAGCUCUUUUCCGUGUUUGUUAAGCUGGCCAGGAUUACCUGUCACAACUUCUGUGCAGGCUUUUUGCAUGUUAUUGCACCCUCCUAAAGCAUCUGUGCAAUCACAGCCAGGGUUUGCAUUUAAGACAUCAGAACCUACUUCUCCCAGCACGUUCUUUCGCAAAGAAGUUUCAGAACAGAAGAGCAGGCAGGAGGUUCUCCGUGCUCUGAUGACUUUUAAAUUAUUUUCUUUUUCCUUUCUUAUUCUUUCCAGUCUGUGCCCUUAAAAUAAAAUAAAACCAGAAAAUGAAUUUGGGAGCCACUUCAUAUUUUCUCAAACACGAACUCCCAGGGGAAGAACGCAGCCACUGUUGCACAGCAUACAAGGAGAGUACACAGCUUUUUACCGCAGGAGGUGCCAAAUCUGUCACUGCUAGUUCAAGAUCACAAAAGAGGUUGUAGUACUACACUAUGUAUAAUUUUAAUUUACUUUUCUGAUAGUCUGCUAAAGGUUUCAUAACAUUCCCAACACAUAUUCUUUCUAAGUUUUUUCAAAGACGUGAGGCAGCCUCAACAAAGGAGCUCAUGUAUGAUUUUUAGAUUUAGAUGAUAAUGUAUAUGUAAAUAAUGCUUUGAUAUUAAUAAAACUGCCUUAAAGGAAUGUACCUAGGUGUGAAACAAAACUUAAAAAACUCUUAUUUAAAACUGUAAUUUCCUUUACAUACUGAUUUUUUUUAAUGUUUGCCAUUGUAUACAUUUGUUAAUGAUGUUAUUAAAAUGCCAAACCAAAUAAUUUUUAUUCUUAUUUUGUGUGUACAUUUAUACACACUUUUUUUCUGGAAACUGAUGUUACUAGAAGGAUAUUGGUGUUAAGUAAUGGCGUUGUGGUCAGUUGGUGAUGUGUUCAGUAUUUCUUCCAGAAGGAAACCGAUAAAAACUGUAGCAGAA